AUGUCCAUCCCCACACACGUCUUGAGGAACAGCUUCAUCCCCGCAGCCAAGAACCUACCCCGCGUCACUAGCAAGACCUCGCCGUUCAGCGUUAGAUACCGCACAAUGGCCACCAGUGCUAAGGAGUUUCUUUGCAUCCUCCCGGACAAGCCGGAUGCACUUGCCCGGCGAUUGGAGGUCAGAUCUCUGAUGAGAAUGGUAAUUACAGGCGCCAUGUUCGAGGAACACCCUACCGAGGGAAAAACGCCUAGCUUUAAGGGCAGCGUAAUUAUCUACACGGUCAAGGAUGCCGAGGAGGCUUGGGAGCUGAUUAGGAACGACAUCUAUGCCAAGAGCGAUGUGUGGGAUCUCGAGAAGGCGCAAGUCAUUCCGUUCAAGUCUGCCGUGCGAGAGUCUUUGUAG